AUGUCCAAGCCCCUCGCUCACGCGUCCAUCAUCGCCCGCCGCUCCAGCGAGCGUGGCUACGCCGAACACGGCGGCUGGCUCAAAAGCUUCCACACCUUCAGCUUCGCCAAUUACUACGACCACCGCUUCAACAACUUCGGCAGUCUGCGCGUCCUCAACGAAGACCGCGUAGCUGCCCGCAACGGAUUCCCAACCCACCCACACCGCGAUGCCGAGAUCUUCAGCUACAUCCUCAGCGGAGAGCUCACGCACCGCGAUAGCAUGAUCAAGAAGGGCGCGGAAGGCGAACAAGGAAAACAAUUCUACCGUAUGAAUCGCGGCGACGUCCAAUUCACCACCGGCGGAACCGGAAUCGCGCACUCCGAGCAAAACGAAUCCAACAAACCCGUCCACUUCCUCCAAAUCUGGGCCCUACCCUGGAAAUCCAGCCUCAAGCCCCAAUACCACACCCGGACUUUCCCCGAAGCCGCCAAACGUCAAGCUUUCGUUCCCAUUCUCUCCCCGCUCGCUGCCGGCCCUGACGCAUCCCCCGCCGACGAGGAAGCCGCCGUCCCAAAGAUCCCCGAUACGAUUCCCAUUCACGCGGACUUCUUAAUGGGAGCGGGCAUUAUUGAACCCGAGCAGACGUUCCAGUGGACGGUGGGUGCCGGGGAGGACGUGGUCAGUCGCAAGAAGAAGCGCAAUGUGUAUGUGCAUUUGCCGAUGACGAAGAACGGGAAGGCGAAGAUCCGGUUGGAUUCGCGGGAGGAGAUGGUGCUGGGGGAGGGCGAUGGGGCGUUUAUCACGGGGGUGAAUGCGGGGGAUGUUUUGAGGGUGGAGAGUGUGGGUGAGGUUGAGGCUGAGGUGGUGGUUUUGGAUAGUGAUUAG